AUGACCACCAACAGCUCUCACAACUCAGAGGCUACCAAUAUUGAGGCUCAAGAUGCACUCGCUUUUGCCUACCAGUAUGGUUUUCCGCUCUACGCUUAUGGGCGCUUUGUAAAAGGACAACAGAGCAGCAGUACCAACAGCUUCAUCCAUGAACGAGACCUUAUCAAGGCCGGCUGGACCAAGGUGGUUCGCCCUAACAACGACACGCUCUAUUCGUUCAUUUUCUAUGAUCUGUCCCAGUCCGACCUUUGCCUUUCUGCGCCAGAAUUCGACAGUCGCUUCUGGUCUUUCUCAUACUAUGAUAUGUAUGGCAACAACUAUGCCAGCGUUGGGAGCCAGUCAGACCACAAGCCUGGAAAUUACCUUUUGAGAUUUACCAAUGACAAUUUUGGACUGCAAACUGAAGGGGUUAGUGGCGAGUACAAUGCAUAUAUCAAUUCCCCAACACCCUACGGGAUUUUUCUCUCUAGAAUAGUUUUAAAGGACCAAACUACCGAUAAGGAUAAGGUCAACAAAUUGCAAGAUGCGAUAAAAGUAUCAAGUGUACCACUGAGGUUGGGUCCUAUUGCACCACCUUUUGACCUGGGCAUCUUUGAUGGGGUCACAGGCUCCGGAUCAUCCCCGAUUUCGGAGGAGGAACAGGUCCUACGACUCACAGCGGCGUUGGCAUCUUUAAAUCCACCGGAAGUUUUACACGACAGAGGUUGGGUGGCGUCUGUGCUAGAGAAGGCCGGCAUCAAGAAUGGGAAAUUCACUCAGCCGCCAAAUACUUCGUUAACCGCUGCUGUCAAAGACGCCAAGCUAUCUGCAUUGGCUUUGAAGUCGACAGCUGGAUUUGUGCGGAACUUGGGGAAUAGAUGGCGCACAAACUCCCCUAUGAUCUGCGGGGACUACAAAUCUUUUGUUAGAAUAUGGGAGUUAUGGGAGUUCCCCUGGCCGGCUGGUCAAGCCACUUAG